AUGGCCAACGUCGACAUCGGCCGCUACAGCAAGCGCCUGGUCCAGUACUUUUGGGAUCCGCUCCCCACAAACGAAGAAGCUUCUCCCAUAUGGUGUCUCGGAAGAUCCUAUGACUCCAAAUCCUUCCUUACAUCCCCCAGCGUCGAUGCUGCCGACCGCCCCGCUCCGCCGUUGUCCGUAUCGCACGGCUCCACCGCCUCGUCUCGCUCGGCAACCGGCGAUGGCAACAGUCAGAACAGCAGUGAAGAUGAGAGUGCUCGGGCAGCUGAUACCUCGUCGGAAGCGGACAACGAUGGCGGCUGGCCUGCGCCGUUUCUAGACGACUUCGAAGCCCGCUUCUGGCUAACUUAUCGCUCCAACUUCCCUGCCAUACCCAGGUCUCAGGACCCUAACGCUACCAACGCCAUGAGCUUUGGUGUACGCCUCCGAAGCCAGCUCGGCAAUCACACCGGCUUCUCUUCCGAUACUGGCUGGGGCUGCAUGAUCAGGUCCGGACAGAGUCUUUUGGCGAAUGCCCUACAAGUGCUUCGGCUAGGGAGAGACUGGCGGAGAGGCCUUAACCCCCAAGAAGAGCGACAGAUCCUUUCUUUGUUCGCCGACGACCCAAAGGCCCCGUUCUCCAUCCACCGCUUUGUCGAACACGGUGCAGCAGCUUGUGGGAAGCACCCAGGUGAAUGGUUUGGCCCAUCCGCCACCGCAAGAUGUAUCCAAGCUCUCUCGAACGGACACGAGAAUGCUGGUCUUCGGAUAUACAUCACGGGCGAUGGAUCCGACGUUUAUGAGGACAGUUUCAUGAAGACAGCAAAGGACCGGAAAGGCUCCUUCCGACCGACAAUGGUAUUGGUUGGCAUCAGGCUAGGCAUUGACCGAGUCACUCCGGUGUACUGGGAGGCCCUGAAAGCAUCGCUGCAACUUCCUCAGUCGAUCGGCAUUGCUGGUGGCCGCCCAUCGGCUUCACAUUACUUCGUCGGCGUACAAGGCUCUCAUUUCUUUUAUCUGGACCCACACAACACCCGGCCGUUCCUUCCUCUCCAUUCCGACCUUUCUGAUUAUACCUCGGAAGACGUAGAUUCCUGUCAUACGCGCCGCUUGCGCCGUCUACACAUAAAGGAGAUGGACCCGUCGAUGCUGAUCGCAUAUCUCAUUCGCGACGAAGCUGACUGGAGAAGCUGGAGGAAGGCCGUCACCGAGGUGCAGGGUAAACCUGUGAUCCAUGUCGCUGAUUCGGAGCCCGUUAUCCAUGGCGGGCAGGAGCGCGAGGGCGCAAUAGAUGAGGUGGAGGCGUUUGAUGACGAAGAUGACGAAGGGCUGCAAUGA